AUGGCGGUUGCUGAAAUCUUUCUCACCGCAUUCAUAACUGUGCUAUUUGAGAAGCUGGCCUCUGUUAACGUGAUAGAGCUGGCUAGAUCUGAAGGAAUUGAUUCUCAGCUGAACAAAUGGAAUAAAACCUUGUCCCAAAUCCAAGCUGUGCUUGCUGAUGCAGGCCAGAAGCAGAUAAGAGAGAGAGCUGUUCAAUUGUGGCUGCACGAUCUCCAGUGUUUGGCUUACGACAUAGACGAUCUACUCGAUGAUCUAGCCACUGAAGCUAUGCGGCGCCAGUUGAAUGAAGAAUCUUAUGCCAGUACUAGCACUAGCACUAGCACCAGCACCGGUAAGGUAUUGAAGAUCAUGCCAACUUGUUGUACUAAUUUCACUCCUCAUACCAUUAUGUAUGGAGGUCAGAUGAGUUCUAAGCUGGACGAGAUUACCACCAAAUUGCAUGAUCUUGUUGAGGAGAAAAAUAUUCUGGGUUUGAAUGUGAAUGUUGAAAGGUCGAAUGGGGGGAAAAGUAGACGGUCGGAGGAAACUUCACUGGUUGAUGAGUCCAUAAUCGUGGGUCGGGAAGGGGAUAAAGAGGCUUUGCUCGACAUAUUGUUGGUGAAUGAAGCAUAUCAUCAAAAUGUCAGCAUCGUGUGCAUUGUUGGUCUAGGUGGGAUAGGCAAAACAACUAUUGCCCAAGUGUUGUACAACGAAGAGAAGGUGAAGGAUCACUUUGAACUCAUGUCAUGGGUUUGUGUUUCUGAAGAGUUUGAUGUAUUUAACAUUAGCAAGGCUAUUUAUAAAGAUGUGGGUGGGGACAACAAAAAAUUUGAAACUCUAAACCAGCUUCACGAGGCCCUUAAAGAAAAGCUUUCAAAGAAAAGGUUCCUAUUUGUUUUAGAUGAUGUAUGGAACGAAAACUAUAAGGAGUGGGAGCUCCUCCAGCGCCCUUUUCUUGUAGGGGCAACGGGAAGCAAAAUUAUCGUCACAACCCGGAAGACUAAGGUUACAUCGGUAAUGGACUCUGUUAAAGCUUACCCUCUCGAGGUUUUGUCAAAUGAAGCAGCUCUAUCUUUGUUUGCUCAACAUGCACUAGGUGAACAAAACUUUGACAAACAUCCUACACUUAAGUUGCAUGGUGAAGGUAUCGUGUAUAAAUGUGGUAGAUUGCCUUUGGCUUUGAUGACGCUUGGGAGGGUGUUGAGAAAGAGAGAAAAUGAUGAAGAAUGGAAGGAACUGUUGAACAAUGAGAUAUGGAAUCUACCAAAUGAAAGUCAGAUUCUUCCAGCCUUAAGGCUAAGUUACUAUGAUCUCCCUUUGCAUUUGAAGCAGUUGUUUGCAUAUUGCUGCUUAUUCCCCAAGGACUACGUCUUUGACAAGAAUGAACUAGUCCUAUUAUGGAUGGCAGAAGGGUUUUUGCAAGAGUCAAAUGCCAACAAGGCGAUGGAGAGUUUUGGUCGCGAGUACUUUGAAGAGCUCAAGUCAAGGUCGUUUUUUCAACAUUUAGCUAAUGAUGAAUCACGAUAUACAAUGCAUGGCCUGAUAAAUGACUUGGCCAUGAGUGUUGCUGGAGAAUUUUUCUUUAGAUCGGAUGAUAAGAUGGAUAAUAAAGCAUCGGAGAAGUUCCACCAUUUCUCAUUUAUUCGUCAACAUUAUGGAGUAUAUAGAAAGUUCAAGGCAUUACAAAGAGCAACACGAUUGCGAACUUUCUUAUCAAUAUCAUUGUCCAAUAGGGUAGGUUCAUGGGGAAGUUUUUUCUUAUCUAACAAGGUUCUUGUUGAAUUACUUCCCCAAUUACGGUUUAUAAGGGUGCUAAGCCUAACUGACUAUUCAAUCAAAGAGGUGCCCCAAUCCAUCGGUUGUUUCAAGCAUAUGCGGUACCUCAAUUUUUCCCGAACUGACAUCACAUGUUUACCAAAUCAAGUGAGUGACCUUUAUAAUCUACAGAGCUUGUUGGUAUGUGGUUGUAAUGAGUUAGAGAGCUUGCCAGACAGUUUUGUAAAGUUGAUAAACCUCCGACAUCUUGACAUUAGUGACACUCGGUUGUUGAACAAGAUACCUUUAGGGAUUGGCAGGUUGACGAGUCUACAAACUCUAUCAAAGGUCAUUAUUGAAGAAGCUAAUGGGUUCAAAAUAUCGGAGCUUAAAGGCCUAUUGCAUCUUCGAGGUCAACUGUACAUUAAAGGGUUGCAUAAUGUGAGAGAUGGAGUAGAAGCAAAGGAGGCCGACAUACAGCAAAAGAAGGGCCUCGAUGAUUUGGAAAUGGAAUGGACAAACAACUUUGAUGUUUCUCGGAAUGAAAUGAAUGAAUAUGAAGUACUUGAAGGGCUAAUGCCUCAUAGUAAUUUGAAAAACCUGAAAAUAUGUUUCUAUGGGGGAACGAAAUUUCCAAGUUGGGUUGGGAAUAUCUCCUUUUUUGGGUUAACACACUUCACAUUACAUGGCUGCAGAAGUUGUACAUAUUUACCAACACUUGGACAUCUAAGAUCACUUCGGAAGUUGUUUGUAGAAGGCAUGAAUGGGGUGAAAACUAUGGGUUCUGAGCUACUUGGACCUAGUAAUUCUUGCCUUGGUAUUGCAUUCCCGUCGCUUGAAGUUUUGGAAUUUAAAGAUAUGCAAAGUUGGGAGAAAUGGUCAACUGGUGGUACUAUUGGAUCUUUUCCUUGUCUUCGUGAGAUUUCUUUAGUAAAUUGUCCGAAACUUGCCGAAGUGAAGAUUGAUUUAAUACCAUCACUUCGGAUUUUAUAUAUAGGAGGAUGUUCUGAAGAGGUGUUAAGAAGCAUGGUUGGUGUGUCUUCAUCAAUUCUUAGAUUGACAAUGUGGGAUAUUAAAAGACUUACUCAACUACAUGGAGAAGUAUCAAAACAACUUGAGGCACUUGAAGAUCUACAUAUCACAUCGUGUAAUGAAUUGAGAUACUUGUGGGAAUCAGAUUCGGAGGCAUGCAAGUUUCUUGUGAGUUUAAGGAAAUUGGAAGUAAAAUUUUGUAAAAAGUUGGUAUCAUCAGGAAAGAAAGAGGUUGAUUCACGAGUUAGCAUGGAAUCUAUUAGAGAAGUGAUUUUCCAUGGUUGUGAGGGACUAGAGAGGUACUAUUGUCCAAAUAGCAUGCAGAGGUUGAAGAUCUUGAAGUGUCCUUUAAUGACAUUGUUGACCUUCCCAGAACCGCAGGACGUCCCGUCCACUCUAAAAUUUCUUAGCAUCGACAAAUGUGAAAACCUAGAAGAGAGUUGGCUUCUCAACAACUUCUUGUCAUCACUUGAAAUUCUUAUAAUUUGGAGUUGUGCUAAUCUGAGGUCAAGGUCAUUUUCUGAAGGAUGCUUUGUUCAUCUCACUACAUUGCAAAUCUGGAAUUGUGAUAACAUAGAAUCCAUUCCAGAUGAAGGUUUUGGCUUCCUUCCCCUGUUUUGCCUAAGAUAUCUUCGGAUCUAUAAGUGCAAGAAUUUGAAGUCAUUUCCUCAUGAGCAUUUGCAAAGUCUCACAUCUUUGGAAGACAUGUGGAUACAUGAUUGUCCAAGUAUGUCCUACUCCUUUCCUUGUGGGUCGUGGCCUCCUAAUUUAAGAAGCCUAAGAAUAGGAUGCUUAAGUAAAGCCAUGUCAGAGUGGGGGCAACAAAAUUACCCAACCUCGCUUGUUGAACUAUAUUUAUAUGGUGGCAAAAAUUCAGGAGUAGUUUCAUUUGCAAAGCCUGAAGAUGUAAGGAAUAGCAACAAUACUACUUCAUCAUCGUUUCUUCUUCCACCAUCUCUAACUUCUCUAGAAAUCAAAGGUUUUAUGGAUGUGGAAUCAGUUUCAAAAGGCCUACAACACCUCAUCUGCCUUGAAAAACUUCAUAUUGCAUCAUGCCCGAAGCUUAGAGAUCUACCAGAGAAACUGCUUCCUUCACUUUCAGCUCUAAGUGUUAGGAAUUGCCAAAAACUGGAAAAGAAGUGCCGUGGUGGAAAAGCCAAGUACUGGCCCAUCAUCUCCCAAAUCCCCCUCCUUACUAUAUAUGGCUCAUAA